GCCCACAUUGGGAGGGUUAUACCAAUUGAGAAAAAAAGCAAAAAAGGGAAAAAAAGGAAGAAAGAGGAAGGAAGAGGAAGAAAGAAGGAGGAAGGGGAAACAAAUCUGACCCUUUUAACGGACCCCUUCAACCGCAACAUAACAUACGUGGAAAAACGCCCCUUCAGCGUAGCGUCGGAAAAUACCCUGCGGGGGCCGAGAAAUUCCCAGCGACCGCGCGAGGGAAGCAGCGCAAGAGCGGGCAUCCGAGCCGAACGCCUGCGCAGGGGGCAAGCAAACAUCGCGUAUGAAUGUACCUAUGUAUGUACGCAUGAAUGUACGUAUGAAUGUACGCAUAUAUAUGCAUGACGUACAUAGGUAUGCUCUCCUUCGUACAGCUAAAACUGGGGAAGUAAAAAAAAAAAAAACCAAGUGGGCGUAACGUAGCACCACCUUCAACAUUUGUACCACUUCCUACGCCAAUACUACAUAGGUGGGAAGUCGUGACUGAAGAAGCUCCUCCCCCUGUUGCCCACAUCGGGAGAGGAACUCACAUACCACUCAGUCGGGGGGACUGCUUUCUUUCACUUUGUUUAUCCCCACGAGAGGGAAAGAAAGCAGAGCUGCUCAAGGUAGAAAAGGGAUUUGCAGCGCAACGAGAGGGGGGCGUGAGUUACCCUGGAGAGAGGUUACCCAGCAGAGAAUCAAUCGUCCCCUAAACCACUCGCCGCAUAUACACGAAUGCGCGGCGACUUCCAAAGGGCGUGCCGCAAAAAUGGAAGAUAACUCCUACUUUGAUGAGGUAGAGAAGCUGCUGGAAAAUAAAAGCAAGAAGGAGGAGGAGCAGCAGCAAAAUGGAAGUGCACAAAAUAAUGGGAGGAAAAAAAAGGAACUAAAGAGGAGGGUGGCGAAUGGAGAGUCGGACAAUCCCAGUGAGAACGAGACGGUGGGGAAAGACCAGAAGGAAGGAUAUGGCCAUGGUGGUGCACAUGAUGAGGAUGAAAAUAAUGAUGAGUACAGCACGCGGGAUGACGAAUUCGUUUUGAAAAAGAAUUCCCAUAAGAAGGAGUUAAUUGGGGGAAGGAGAAGCGGAAAAGGAGGGAAAAGCGACCAGCAGGGUGGCAAACAUAAGUCAAGGGCCAAGAGGAGGGGAAGCCAAGGUGGAAGAGGAAGCAGUGGGGAGGACAGCACAGGUGGGAGCGAUGGUACAAGUGAGGGUGGCAGCCAAGGGGAAAGUGUCGAUGACGCCCCCAAUGGUCGUGCGUAUGGCGGAGGCCGUGGCAGUGCUCGUGGCAGCGCUCGCGGCAGUGGUGACAGGCGCAACGAGGCUAAGGCGAAGAGGAAUAGCUCCAGGGAAGCAGACCUGGUUAGCGGUAACGAUAGAAAGAAGAAAAACAGAGUGAGAGACGCACCCAGUGAUAGCAGCAUGGAAAAACGAAAAACGUAUUCAUCGGAGGAGUCAAAUGGUGGGCACAAAGGAAGGAGGAAGAGACAUACCGGUAGGGAUAGCCCGGCCAAGUCCCGCAGGGAAGCGUCUCACUCGAAGUCUGUCGAAAGUGGUGACGAGGUUGGUCUCGAAGGAAAGGAGCGAAGCAAAAAAAAGAGCGCCGCGGAGAGGGGAAAAAGGAGAAAAGGCCACGGGAAAGAGGGCCAGAAAAAAAGGGCUCGCCAAAGUGACUCGGAGAACGAAGGAGAGAGCGACGGAGAGGAGACGAAUGGCGAAGCGCACAGCGGCGAAGCGAACAGUGACGAAACGGAUAGUGACGAAACGGAUAGUGAUGAAGCGAACAGCGAGGGUGACAGCGAGAGUGGAAGUGACGCCGGCAGGAGGAAGCGGAGGGGGAAGGCGAAAAGCGCCGCCAAGCGAAGUGACAACAGGGGACGCAAAAGAAAGGCGAAAUUGGAUUCGGAGGAGGAGUCAGAUUUGUCCUCAGACGGGGAUCGCGGUGGAAGAAGAGGAAGAGGAAGAGGCAGCGGAAGAGGCAGCGGAAAUGGGAGCGAACGCGGAGGAGGGGGGGCGAAGUCGGACCGGGAGGAAGAGGGCAACAGAGAAAUUAGCGAACGUCGAGAUGAUAGAGAGAAGCAAAGGAGGAGGCAUAGAAGAAGGAGCCCCAGUAGUGAGCGGGUGUCUGCCAGUAAGAGGAAAGGUUCCCAUCGAGAUGGCCUUAAUGAUGAGGGUGACGACAAUGAUGAGUGUGGCGACGAAUCCGAGGGGGAGCGCUCCGGAGGUGAAGACGCAAAAAAGAGAAAGAGAAAAAACAGGGGCGACAAAGGGAGAGAGCGAAAAAGAGAGGAAGGAGACUCCUCGCCAAGUGGAAGCUCCUCUAGUGGGGAAGAAGACUCUCGAAGGAAACGGAAAAGGAGGAAAGCCAGUCCUAGCAUGAGCGGCUCGGACUCCAGCGAUGGGGAGGAGCGCGGCCGCAGGAGGAGACGAGAAAGGGAGCGCGGCAGGGAGCGUGAUAGGGAGCGUGAUAGGGAGCGUGAUAGGGAGCGUGAUAGGGAGCGACUGCGGAAGGAGCGCGAACGUGAGCGAGAGCGCGAGCGAGAAAGGCUGAGGAAGGAAAAGGAAGAAGCAAGAAUCAGGAGAGAAAAGAGAAGAGAAGAAAAAAGAAUAAAGAAGGAACAAGAGGAAGCCAAAAGAGACGACCUAACUGUGCUGGUACUCAACUUAGACCUAAAGGCAGACGAAAGAGAUAUAUAUGAAUUCUUCUCGGAGGUUGCCGGAAAGGUGAGAGACAUACAGUGUAUAAAGGACCAACGGUCAGGGAAAUCUAAAGGAGUAGCUUACGUAGAAUUUUACACCCAAGAUUCUGUGGUGAAAGCUUUAUCGGCUAAUGGCUAUAUGCUGAAAAAUAGGCCAAUCAAAAUACAGUCGUCCCAAGCGGAAAAGAAUCGAGCCGCGAAAGCUGCAAAGCAUCAACCGAUUGAUCCAAAUGAUAUUCCCAUAAAACUGUACAUUGGUGGGUUGGUAGGUCCACUAGGAAAUAUCACUGAAGUGGAGCUAAAGCAGCUGUUUAAUCCUUUUGGAGAAAUUUUGGAAGUGGAAAUCCAUCGAGAUCCCUACACAGGGAAGUGCAAAGGGUUUGGGUUCAUUCAGUUCUUUAGAGCAUCCGAGGCUAUUGAAGCUAUGGGCGUUUUAAACGGGAUGGAAAUAGCUGGUCGGGAAUUAAAGGUUAGCUUCGCCCAGGAUUCUAAGUACAUCCUCGCAUCAGAGAAGGAGGCAAAGGAGAAGAUACUCGCACAGCUGUUGGCGAAGAAGGCGAAAGCUGAAGAGAAGGUGGAAGAGCCCGACAAUGAAAAAAUUGACAACGAUGAUGAUGACGGGGGAGGGCUCAUUGCCGGGGCGGGGAGUAAAAUUGCCCUCAUGCAGAAGUUGCAGCGGGACACCGUCCUUGACUCGGGGAUAUCGAGCCAGUUCGCCACCGGCGCCAACGCCAUCAUGCACGCCGCGCCGCUGGCGGCUGCCCAGUCCAACGCGAUCAUGCACGGAGCUCCUCUCGCAGCUGCGCAGCCCAGCGCCCUCAACAACAUCACGCCCAACCUGGUGCUGUGCAACAUGUUCUCGCCCAAUGACGAAAGCAUCGGCUCGGACCCAGAUUUCUUCACAGAUAUAAUUGAAGACGUUAAGGAGGAGUGCAGCAAAUACGGGAGUAUCGCCAAGAUUUGGCUGGACAGUAAAAAUAUCGAUGGGAAGAUUUACAUCAAGUAUGCUACCCCCGAUGAGUCCUUGAAGGCUUUUCAGUUUCUGAAUGGGAGAUACUUUGGAGGUUCCCUCAUCAGCGCUUACUUCAUCACGGCGGAGGUGUGGGACUCGACCUGUGGCUAG